CCGCGGUCGGGUUCUCGCGGACUUUUGCAUAUAUAAAUAUUACAUUAUUACUUGGCAAAAGAAAGAUCUUGUGCAUUUUUUGAAAGAAGGAUUAAACAUGGUAAUUACGUAUUACGUAAAGCAUCAGUACUUUAUGAUGAUUAUAAAGUUUAAUCUAAUUUUAUAAGUAUAUUCAUAGGAAAUACAAUGAUAAAAUCACUGUAAGUACUUUGAUAUAUAGUGUUUUGUUAUUUUGCAAAUUCGGCCUUUGGAAGCAAAACACCAAGCCAUAAUAUAAGUAUGUAGUAAUAAUAAAACAAGAUAAUAACGCGUACUCAUCAAUUGUUCUCUAAAAUUAGCUGAAAGUUGGCUUGACAGUUAAUUAAAUGUCGUAACUGUAAUUUUUUAAUUAUUUUUCGUUUUCGAACUUGCAUUUCGGCAGCACUAACGUCACAAAACCGUCAAGUGACAUGUGGAACCGUGCAAUAUAUAGAUAUAUCUAUAUGCAGUAUAGCACGUGUUUUGGUUUAUACUUCAAUUUUCGUGUAUUUACGCGGUAUCUAUUGAUGCUUCAUUACGCAUAACCUCCUUCGUAGGUAUCAACAAGCGGUAUGUGUUUAAAAAUUAACGGAAGUGUAAAAUAAAUAAGACAACCUGUGGAGUCGAAAGAUUGAAACACAUACUUAAUUUUCAAUUAACUAUCCCGAAAAAAAUUUUGAAAAAAAUGCCACAUGACCAGAGAAGAAUUAAUGGUCCUGAAUCAACAGUUCCAUACAGUAUUUACGUGGAUUUGAAUGCCAAGCCUGCAAAGUCCUCCAUCAAAAAUGAACUUAAAACCAGAGUGGAUUCUAGAAAGCACAAAGAACUUCGAAAAAUGUUCAUAAAAUUAGGAGUAGUCAGUCAAGCAAAGGGUUCAGCCUACAUAGAAAUGGGCCAGACAAAAGUUAUUUGUUCAGCUUUCGAUCCAAGAGAAAUUCCAAAUAAAACAAGUUACAGUACUCAGGGAGAAAUAUUCUGCGAAUUUAAGUUUGCUUCAUUUGCUACUUGCAAAAGAAAAGGCCAUCAACAAGAUACAGAAGAAAAGGAAUACAGUUUAAUUAUGCAAAGGGCACUGGAGCCUGCAGUUUGCAGACACGAGUUUCCUAACUUUCAAGUAGAUGUUUAUGCUUUAGUAUUAGAUAAUGGCGGAUCAGCUUUAGGAGCUGCAAUUAUGGGUGCAAGUUUAGCAUUGGCAAAUGCAAGUGUACCUAUGUUUGGAAUUGUGACCGCAGUGACAGCUGGCAUUUAUGAUGACCUGCUUUUACUGGAUCCAACUGAUAAAGAAGAAGCUCUCUGUUUAUCUGUUGCUAAACAAAAGAAGUUAACAAAUCAUGGAAUUAUAAUGCAAGCUAUGCUCUUACAGCAUGAUCAAAUAUCGGAGUUCUUUCUAGUAGGCAGUAUGGAUGUUGAUUGUGUAAAUAAUUCUAUGGAACUUUUAAGUAAAACAUGUAGUGAUGUACAUCCUAUCCUACAGCAAUCUCUCACAAAAUUAGUCAUGAAGAUGCUUAAGAGGGAAAAAGAGGAGGAGGGAGACAAUUGACAUACAUAUAAUUUUAAAUAAUUGAUUUUUUUAUUGAUGCUUAUGAAUAAAUUUUAUCUUAAUUAAUGUAAGAAAGAAUAAAAAGAACGUAUGUACAUAAA